AUGAUGGGGGAGUCCAUCACGGAGGGUGGGGGUGGGGGGACAGUGCUCUUCCUGAAGUCCACAAUCAUCUCCACUGUCUUCUGGGCGUUCAGCUCCAGGAGAAACCCUCUGCACUUCCACUUCAUCACAGACUCUGUGGCGCAGCAGAUCCUGAGCGCUCUGUUCCGGUCCUGGAUGGUUCCCUCGGUGCAGGUCAGCUUCUACGACGCCGAGACCCUGAAGUCGGAGGUGUCAUGGAUCCCCAAUAAGCAUUACUCUGGGAUCUAUGGUCUGAUGAAGCUGACUCUGACCAAGGCCCUCCCCUCGGAGCUGUCGCAGGUGAUCGUCCUGGACACAGACAUCACCUUCGCCACAGACAUCGCCGAGCUCUGGGGAAUCUUCCGGAAGUUCACUGACAAACAGGUGAUAGGUCUGGUGGAGAACCAGAGCGACUGGUAUCUGGGAAAUCUGUGGAAGAAUCACAAACCAUGGCCUGCACUGGGACGAGGCUUUAAUACUGGUGUGAUCCUCCUGCACUUGGAGCGGUUGCGGUCCAUGCGGUGGGAGCAGAUGUGGAGACUGACCGCGGAGAGAGAGCUCAUGAGCAUGCUCAGUACGUCCCUGGCCGAUCAGGAUAUCUUUAACGCCUUCAUAAAGCAGAAGCCGGUCCUGGUUCAUCGUCUCCCGUGUUUCUGGAACGUUCAGCUGUCGGACCACACGCGCUCAGAGCAGUGCUACAGCGAAGUGUCUGAUCUGAAGGUGAUCCAUUGGAACUCUCCAAAGAAGCUGCGAGUGAAGAACAAACACGUGGAGUUCUUCAGGAACCUGUACCUGACCUUCCUCGAGUACGACGGGAACCUGCUGCGGCGGGAACUGUUCGGCUGCUCCAGUCCCAGCAGCCCCGAGACCAUCCAGCUGCAGUCCGCUCUGGAGCAGUUGGAUGAAGACGACCAAUGUUACGACUUCAGGCGAGAGCGGCUCACGGUCCACAGAGUCCAUCUGUACUUCCUCCACUACGACUAUCCCAGGACCGACAACGGCAGCGACGUGACCCUGGUGGCCCAGCUCUCCAUGGACAGGUACUGCAGGUCUGGACCAGGUCCAGUCCUUUUUAAACUGUACUUGUUUCCUCUGCGUGUCACUCCCUCGUUUACUGAUGAUGGACAUGUCUCGCGCUCCCCUCUCUCCCUCACCCCUGCCUCCCCCUGUCUUCCCCUCUCUCCCUCACCCCUGCCUCCCCCUGUCUUCCCCUCUCUCCCUCACCCCUGCCUCCCCCUGUCUUCCCCUCUCUCCCUCACCCCUGCCUCCCCCUGUCUUCCCCCCGCUCCCUCACCUGUGCCUCCCCCUCUCCCCCUCACCCCUGCCUCCCCCUGUCUUCCCCUCUCCCCCUCACCCCUGCCUCCCCCUGUCUUCCCCUCUCUCCCUCACCUGUGCCUCCCCCUCUCCCCCUCACCCCUGCCUCCCCCUGUCUUCCCCUCUCUCUCCCUCACCCCUGCCUCCCCCUGUCUUCCCCUCUCUCCCUCACCCCUGCCUCCCCCUGUCUUCCCCUCUCUCCCUCACCCCUGCCUCCCCCUGUCUUCCCCCCUCUCCCUCACCUGUGCCUCCCCCUCUCUCCCUCUCCCCUCUCUCCCUCACCCCUGCCUCCCCCUGUCUUCCCCCCUCUCCCUCACCUGUGCCUCCCCCUCUCUCCCUCUCCCCUCUCUCCCUCACCCCUGCCUCCCCCUGUCUUCCCCCCUCUCCCUCACCUGUGCCUCCCCCUCUCUCCCUCUCCCCUCUCUCCCUCACCCCUGCCUCCCCUGUCUUCCCCCCUCUCCCUCACCUGUGCCUCCCCCUCUCUCCCUCUCCCCUCUCUCCCUCACCCCUGCCUCCCCCUGUCUUCCCCCCUCUCCCUCACCCCUGCCUCCCCCUGUCUUCCCCCCUCUCCCUCACCUGUGCCUCCCCCUCUCUCUCCCUCCCCCCUCCCUCAGGCUGCAGAUGAUCGAGGCCAUCUGUAAGCACUGGGAGGGCCCCAUCUCUCUGGCCCUGUACAUGUCUGAUGCUGAGGCGCAGCAGUUCCUGCGUUACGCUCAGGCCUCUGAGGUCCUGAAGAACCGUAAGAACGUUGGGUACCACAUGGUUUACCGCGAGGGCCAGUUCUACCCCGUCAACCUGCUGCGCAACGUGGCCCUGCGCCACGCCCCCACGCCAUACGUGUUCCUCACCGACGUGGACUUCCUGCCCAUGUACGGCCUCUACGACUACCUCAGGCGCAGUGUGUCUCAGUUGGACAUGUCCCGGACCCUGAAGGCUCUGGUGAUCCCGGCCUUUGAGACGCUCAGAUAUCGUCUGUCGUUCCCCAAAUCCAAAGCAGAGCUGCUGUCUAUGCUGGACAUGGGCACUCUCUACACCUUCAGGUAUCACGUGUGGCCCAAAGGUCACGCUCCAACAAACUACGCAAAAUGGCGGACGGCGACGAUGCCGUACCGUGUGGAGUGGGAGGCGGACUUCGAGCCGUACGUUGUGGUUCGACGAGACUGUCCCGAGUACGACCAGCGCUUUGUCGGCUUCGGCUGGAACAAGGUGUCGCACGUGAUGGAGCUGGACGCACAGGAGUUCCAGCUGAUGGUCCUGCCCAACGCCUUCAUGGUGCACAUGCCGCACGCCCCGAGCUUCGACAUCUCCAAGUUCAGGUCGAGUCCCGGAUACAGACACUGCCUCUCCACCCUCAAGGACGAGUUCCACCAGGACCUGUCCCGCAAGUACGGCUCUGCGGCCCUCAAGUACCUCACAGCUCACCGCAGCAUGUGA